AUGACCAAAUCAUAUCUCAGCCAGGAGCAGCAGCUGCGCGCGGAGCAGGUGUUCAUCACGCACAAGCACCUAAAAGAGCUCAACCUUGCCAGUGAACAGGCGCUGGCAUAUCAUGACAAGUACCUUGCCGCCAUGGAGAAGGUGAUGAGCUGCCUCUUGAACAAUAGCGACACCAUUGAGAGCGUGAGGACACACCUUGCUGAGGAGGCCCCGGUGAACACUCAGCCCACACUUCCAAUGACUGGUCGCCUCGCCGCCGCGUACAGCAACUGGCGUGCCUCUCCUGAGCUGAAGAUGAUGCAGACGGAGUUGGAGUUUCUUAAAGAGGUCAGCGCUACUGGCCGUCAUGCAGCCAAGAAGACGAAGAACGCAGUGCAAGUGCUGGAGCAUAUGGCAAAGAAGUGCUCCAAAGUGAACACGCCCGAGUUCGAAGCAAAGGUCUGCAGCACCGCUGGCAAGGCCCAGGAGAAGUUGUUGCGUGAGCAACAAGUGAAGAAUAUGGAGAUGGUGAAGGUCGAGAAGGCCAUUUUAAAUGAUAUGAUCUCACUCGCGACGUCGUGGUCUACGAAGCUCAUAACUCGCAGUGACGCACUCUACACCGCCUUUGCAGGUCUUGGUCAUCGAACAGUGGCUUGUUUUUCAAUCACUGCUCCGGCGGUGCCACACAGGGUUCCUCUUCCUCCAGCUGGAUCUAUGCCGCCGCCUUCAUCCUCAGCCGCCUCGCUGGUGCUGCACAGAGGAAGUGCCGCAACCACCUAUGGCACUCCUUUUGUCCAGCCUUCCGCCCUGAGUGCUCUCUACGCAGCAGUUCCCCUCGACUCGGCCGUUGAAGGGGCUACUGCAGGGGUCACGCUUGAGUUUCACCCGCGUGAAGGCGAACCCCCAACGAUGUAG